AUGCAACCUGAAGGCAGUCCACGAACACGAGCGAACUCAAUUGAACUGCUACCAAGCCUUUCAGAACUUCAAUUCUACAAACCGAAUAGAUCCGUCUCCCAGCCUCCCUCUAACAACUCAGAAAAGUUACUUCAACCCUCUUUGCCUUUUUCGCUAGUCUCCGACACUAUUAACUCAUUGACUACUAGCUGCAGUCUCAUUCCCGAUGUCGACGAUGAUGUGUGCAACAGAAAAUAUGUAGAAACCUCUCCUAACGUCCUCAUUGGCAAGGCUAGACGGCGCCGCGGUCUUAAAGAGCCGAAGGUUGGUGCGUCUCAGUCUGAAACGACUUCGGCUGAAGAGCCCUCGGCCUUUAACUCCGAAAUUAUUGCAGCCGAGUCUCUCUCUAAAACUCAGGCUUUACAAACUCUGACUUCGCCUUACAAGGCUUGUCCAACAUCUGCAUCUAUGUUAAAGAAUCCGCAUGCUUUUUUAGCUACAAGACAUAUCCGAUGUCAUCCAAGCCACCAUCGCUGCCAUACUAAUCACAUGCAGCCACGGAAAAAUCACCAUUGUAAGCAGAUUGUCCAAAUGCUAAGCGCGAUCAAUGGCAAGUCCAGCAGACUCCAAAAUACAACCCAGAGCCUGGCAGGUGGUCGCCAUCGGCACACAAUUUCGCCUUUUGGUGCUAGCAAGCAUCAGAUAAAGUGCCUAAGACGGGGGGCCAAAAUUGGCCAUGGUUUUCAGCGCCAACAAUUUAAGUUUCUUCCCGGUGGAUCUGGUAUAAUGACGUAA